AUGGAUGAUAGGAUAAGCGGGCUCGUUAAAAAGACACUUAAAUGUCAGUGCCCCUUUAGAUUAAUCGGCCGUUUGAUUGAUGAUGGUUGGAGGGUAACUGUUAUAGACGACACACAUAAUCACUAUGCAACUGAGAAUCUGGAGAGUUACGCGUACGCAAGAAGGUUGACUGAAGAUGAGAGAUCAUUUCUGGAAGAUGAAUAUCAUCGCAGUACUACACCCCGUAAGAUGUUAAAGCUAUUGAAAGAAAGAUUUCCAGGAAACUUGACCCGCAGCGAAGACAUUUACAAUUUCCAAAAAGCUAUGCGAAGAAGGCGGCCGAAAAACAUGGGAACACUCCAAUGCAGAGUGCACAUAUGGAGGAACAUAGACAAAUUUAGCAUGCCAUCGUUAAAAGGGGAAGGGAAAAGGGGGCAUUUUUACGGAUGGUGGAAAAAACUUUACGAGUCCCGCACACUAGAAGAGUACACCAAGAACGAAAAAGAUUUAAAAGAGAAGAUGGGUCCCCGUUUAGACAAGGUUUACAAAUACCUGCAGAAGGAGUGGCUUUUCCCGUACAAGGAAAAGUUUAUGUCCUUUUGGGUCGAUCAGCACCUCAACUACUGUAACUACACUACCAACAUAGUUGAGGCUGAGCAUUCACUCCUCAAGUCCGAGUUGCAGGGGAGAUGCACAUUUCAAAGAAUAAUUCAAUGUGUUAAUGAUAUCCUCCUCGGACAAGAUACAGAAAUCAAGGGCCAACUGGAGGAAAGCAGGAUUUAUAGAGCUGGUAAACACAACUACCCAUGUUUGAAAGACCUGCUUUGUGUUGUAUCUGUGACAGCUCUUGAUAUAAUGGUCGAUGAAAUUAAACGAUUAAAAAAUGAGAUCGGUAAAGACUUGAGAAAGUGCGGAUGUAAGGUGUGGAUUAGUUGUGGCCUUCCAUGUGCCUGCCGUCUAGCUGCGUACCGAGAGUAA